AUGUCUCGAUCCUCAAGCACACACUCGACCUCAUCGAACUCGGCGGGCCCGGAAAAGAAGGCGGAGCCUGUUUCCGCCCCCCCUCUCACAUUUCCACUCACAUUUCCAACCACAGGGUUCCAACUCAUCGACCCUGCGGAAAAGGUGGAGGAGGAAAAAGACCCGACCUAUGACCCCAAGGAACGGUAUCCCGCUCGCCUCGGCCAGAUCAUCCCACAUGGCAAAAACCAGUACCAGAUAAUUGCCAAGCUUGGGUAUGGAUCCAGUUCAACUGUCUGGCUUUGUUACAAUCUCUGGAAAAAAGAGUACAAGGCGCUCAAGAUUCACAUCAACACCCUUCCAGUCAUCCGGGAGCUCGAGAUAUUCGAGCACCUUCGCAAUACCCUAGCUCAGGACACACAGCGUGAGGUGACAGACCUCAUGCGGGCCCAUCUCCGCCAAAUAGACGACCAUUUCACGAUUCCGAGGCCACAGCCGGGCACCACUCACCAUGUUUUCGUUUUCGAGCCUCUGGGUUUCAGUCUGCUGCAAUACCAGAAGACAAAGCCAGACCUGAUCCUUCCCCAAAACGUAGUCCAGAUGGCCCUUGUCAAGGCGCUCCUUGGCCUCAUCUACCUGCACGCCGUCGCCAACGUCACGCAUACUGACUUCCACUCGGGCAACCUGCAUUUCGAAAUUAUCGACCGCUCCAUCUUUGCCGAGGCAGCCAUAUCCGAAACGAAGUCCAACCCCUCGCCCCGGAAGGUAACAGAGGAUGGCGUCGUCUAUACCUCUCGGGACAUAAUGUCCGGGGCCGGUGAAAUUAUCCUCUGCGACUUUGGCCUGGCCCGGAUUGGCGAUGCACAUCAGGGCACUGCCAUGCCCUUGAGGUAUCGGUCACCCGAGGUCAAUCUUGGCAUGAUAUGGGGUCAUGCCGUCGACGUCUGGUCCUAUGCUCUUACGGCCUGGGACUUGAUGCAGCCGACAUCCCUCUUCAAGAACCACGACGAGCUAGGCAUGGAGCUCUACACGGCCCACCAUCUUGCUGAAAUGGUCGCGUUGAUGGGUCCACCGCCAAGAGAAUUUCUCAGCAAGAGUAAGGCUUGUGAAAAGUUUUGGGACAAAGAUGGCACGUGGAAGCAUGCCACAGUCAAGGUCCCGACAGAAAGGACAAUGGAAUCCCUGCAGAAGGCAUUGAAGGGGAACGAUGCGGUCGUCUUUAUGAAUUUCAUUCGCAAGGUGCUCUGCUGGCUUCCACAGCAACGCCCGUCAGUAUUGGAACUAUUGGAGGACCCUUGGGUUAAGGGUGGCAUUUAA